UUACAAUGUGUUGUAAAACGACGACGUCGUCGAGCCUUAAAAUUCACUACAACUGCUGAACAGCAUUGUUAUUGUAGCCAAAGUUUCCUUGAACAUGAUUACACUGAAUCACUAGUAUUUGCAAGCAUUCAUGAAAUUGUCACAAUGAUUAUGACAAUUUCUGCAUCAUUUCACUAUAUAUCAUUACUACUGUUAAUUAAUUUUAAUUUGAUUUUCUCAGACUCAGUUUGUGAAUUCACUCUAAGUGAAAACAACAAGGUCUAUAACUACAAACUGGGAUCGCCUAUUUCCAAUUAUCCACAUGGUGCUCGUAGUGAAGAUGGGUUUUACAAAGUGGCGGUGAACGAGACAGUGCUUUGGUUUCAGCUAUGUGACAUGAUGAUUUUCAACCAUGGUCAACCUUCAUGUUUGGGCUGCGAGGGCUGUGGAGGGCCAUCACAUUGUGGAAUGGGUUGCAGUGCACUUGUUUCUAAUAAUUUGGGAGGCUAUCAUGUAUGUACAUCUGUUGGGAAUACCUCAAGCAUGACAAUUGAUCUUAUUGAUAAAAGGACUCCCCAUGCUGGUGUGAUCGUUAAGAUGUCUAGUGGCCUGCCUUACUGUUCUCUUUCUGUCUCUGUGAUCUGUGAUUCCAAUGAAGUUCAGGGGCCUCUCACGUUGAAUAGAAGUGGGAAAUGUGAUUAUGCUACCCAAUUUAAGCAUCCUGCUGGUUGUGCAACAAUUGUAUCUGCACAUGGUAAAGGAUGGGGCUGGUUUGUUACCCUUUUAACCAUUAUUUUGUGCCUCUUUGGAGCUUAUCUAGUAGUUGGUGCUGUGUAUCGAUACUUCUUCCUGCACAUUCGUGGAAUAGAUAUCAUACCCAAUUUGGAAUUUUGGGCCAGCUUACCACAUACUGUCCAGGGUUUAUUUAUGUCUUUAGUACGGAGAUUUAGAGGACCUUCUGAAGGGUACCGAAGCUCCUACUCUCCUGUCAACUUUUGAGUAACCUAAUCUUUAGUUCAACCACUAGGCAAAUCGAAAGCAUGAAGCAUUUCACUGUAGAUUUGAGAUGGUUCACUCAAUAUUGAUCUUUUUGUGCAAGUACAAAUUAUUGAUGCAAUUCUUUGUAAUAUCUUGAAAGAACAAAAACUGUUUAGUUAUAAUCUUUGAUUUGGAGUGUAUCAGAAGAGAAAAAAAGGAAUAUUCACAUUAUAAUCUUUAACAAAGCAUCUCCAUGUAUGUAUUCUAAAGUUUAGCAAGACCACCAAGCUAUAUUCGAGGAUCAAACUUCUUCAUUUUA